GGCAGGUCCUUUUUCCGCCAGCGCCGCUGCUGUACGUGCGUGCGUGGCUUUGAUGGACUGGUGAAAAUCUAAAGAUUUACUUCAACUCUGCCAGUCGAGUUUCUGUAGAAAGCCACCGAGAUGCCGGCGUAUUUUCAGCGGCCUGAGAAUGCUCUCAAACGAGCCAACGAAUUUCUGGAGGUUGGCAAGAAGCAGCCUGCCUUGGAUGUGCUCUACGAUGUCAUCAAGAGCAAGAAGCAUCGAACAUGGCAGAAGAUCCACGAGCCCAUCAUGCUCAAAUACCUGGAGCUGUGUGUGGAUCUGCGCAAAAGCCACCUGGCCAAGGAGGGUCUCUACCAGUACAAGAACAUCUGUCAGCAGGUGAACAUCAAGUCCCUGGAGGAUGUGGUUCGGGCCUAUUUGAAACUGGCUGAGGAUAAAACUGAAACGGCCAAAGAGGAGUCUCAGCAGAUGGUCCUGGACAUCGAGGAUCUGGACAACAUCCAGACUCCGGAGAGUGUGCUGCUGAGCGCCGUGAGCGGAGAGGACACUCAGGACCGUACAGAUCGGCUGCUCUUGACUCCAUGGGUGAAGUUUUUGUGGGAGUCGUAUCGUCAGUGUCUGGACCUUCUCCGAAACAACUCCAAAGUGGAACGCCUCUACCAUGACAUCGCUCAGCAAGCAUUCAAGUUCUGCCUGCAGGCUCGUUUAGUGGAGGAGAGGAAAAAGCGAAUGGAAGAACGAAAGAGGAAACGCAAAGACGACCGACGCAACGACUACUACCGCAUGAAAGAGGAGGAGGCCCAGCGCAUCCACGAGGAGCAGCUCAAGAAGGAGCGUGAGGAGAGGGAGCGCUUGGAGCAGGAGCAGCGCGAGGAGGAGGAGCGCGAAUACCAGGAGCGUCUGAGGAAACUGGAGGAGCAGGAGAGGAAGCAGAGAGCCCGACAACAGGAGAUCGAAGAGAGGGAACGGAAGAGAGAGGAGGAGAGGAGGGCUCCGGAGAGGGAGGAGAGGUCCAAGGACUGGGGCGAUAAAGAGGAGAAGGAGGGCGGCUGGAGGAAGAGGACUGAGGGCCGCGCUGAGGGGGAGAGAGAGUCGGAGUGGCGUCGCCCUGUACCCGAGCGUAGUGACUGGAGACAAGAGGGCCGUGAGGAGGAGCGAGAGGACCGCGAGGGCCCCUUCAGACGCGACGGGCCACGCAGGGACGACAGAGGAGGAAGGAGGGGCUUUGACGAUGACCGUCCUCUGCGGAGAGGAGGGGACGAUGAACGCCCCAUGCGCAGAGGCUUGGACGAGGACCGCGGGCCCAGGAGAGGAUUCGACGAUGACAGAGACCGUGGUCCCAGACGCGGAGGUGACGAUGACCGCGGUCCCAGGAGAGGGUUCGAUGAAGACCGUGGGCCGAGGAGGGGCUUUGAUGAUGGACCCCCGCGCAGAGGCCUGGACGACAGAGGUCCAAGGCGGGGAGCCGACGACGACUGGGGCCCCAGACGAGGAGGGGAAGAUCGGGACGAGCGCACCCCGAGGAGAGGCCUGGAUGAGGGACGGGACCGCAGAGGAGACGACUCCAAACCAUGGAAGCCCCUUGGACGCCCAGGCGGCUGGCGUGAGCGUGAGAAGGCCCGAGAGGAGAGCUGGGGCCCUCCUCGCAGUGGAGCUCGAGACGACGACGAGGAUGACGAAGGAGAAGAGAGAUCUGACCGCUUCAGAGACAGACGCCCCCCCAGAGACGAGGGUGUGUGGCGCAGAGGAGGAGAAGAGGGGGGCAGCUGGAGAGACGCUCGUCGUGAGGACCCAGAGCGGGGGGACAGAGAGAUGGGCCGUGACCGUGACGACCGUCGUGACAAAGACAGAGAUGAACGUCGUGGAGAACGGCGAGACAGGGACCGCCGUGACGACAGGGAACAGAGAGGACCACCCCGGGACCUCGAUGAUGGUGGUUCUUGGCGUCGUGGUGGUGGUGGUGGUGAUGAAAAACGCGAGGAGAGGGAGCGUCCCAGAGAACGAGCUCCAGAGCGAGACCGUGAAGAAGACAAGGCCUGGCGCACAGAGAAGGAAGCCCCUCGCCGUACCCCCAAAAAUGAAACCGAUGAUGACGGCUGGACCACUGUACGCCGUUAAUACAUAUAAGAUAAAUAUUAACAAUCAAAUGAUAACUUUAAACUAUAUCUCAUCCGCCAUAAGCUUUCGAAGGUGAAUAAAUGGCUACCAGCUUCUGAUAUCUGUGCAUUUGCUCUUUGAAUGAAAUAUCUGUAGACUGUAGCUAUUUUCCUGGAGUUUCUUUUAUUAAAGUUUAAACAGAGGCUAAUCUCAAAUCUUCAUCUAUCAAUUUGUGUGCACUUGUGUGGAUCUGUGGCUGCAACAUCCACAUCAAGCCUUUAAUAAGAAAUAAAACCUGUUUGCUCA